GGAGUCCUCGCACGCGUGCUCUCCCGUCGCCGCUCUCCCAGCCCAGCCUCACCAUGGUGGAAGCUUUUGCGGGCACCUGGAAGCUGGUAGACAGCAAGAAUUUCGAUGAAUACAUGAAGUCGCUGGGUGUGGGUUUUGCUACCAGGCAGGUGGCCACCAGGACCAAACCUACUACGAUCAUUGAAGUGAAUGGGGACACGAUCACCAUAAAAACACAGAGCACCUUCAAGAACACGGAGAUCAGCUUCAAGUUGGGCGCAGAGUUUGAUGAGACAACAGCAGAUGACAGGAAAGUCAAGUCCACUGUGACGAUGGAUGGAGGCAAACUUGUCCAUGUGCAGAAGUGGGAUGGGCAAGAGACGACACUUGUGCGGGAACUAACUGAUGGGAAACUAAUUCUGACACUCACCCACGGCAGUGCAGUCAGCACUCGAACUUACGAGAAGGAGGCGUGA